AUGCACUUCUCCAGUCUCGCCGCCAUCAUGGCCCUCGCAGCCACCGCCGCAGACGCAGCAAAAAUCAACCUCGAAAUCGGCUACUUCUCAACCAUCGUACCCCCCAUCGGCGGCAACAUCCCCGGCAUCGGCUGCGGUCCUUGGGCACUCGCCACAGCAGCCGACGGUUCUACCAAGAGUCCCACCGGCAUGAGUGGAGGAGAUGAGUGCCCCAAUGCAGAGCUGAGAAACUUCUGUCAGCGGUUUGGAUGUCCUCAGACGCUGAGAUUCGGCGACACGCUUGCCUUUCAGAUUCAGUCUGGUAGUGGGCAGAGUCUUACGGUCAAAGGGAGUGUUCUUAAUGGAAAGUCGCAGACUUUGACGUGUGGACGAUCUUUCCUGACGCACUCGGGGAAUAAAUACCGUACUAAUAUUUGUUACUUUGAUCUUUGA